AUGGAGUUCGGCCUCCUGUUGCCAAUUUCCGUCCUCUUCUUGGUCUCCGUAGUGUAUGUCUACUGGAAAACCUGGAGCAGCCGGGCGCUGCAGCGGCUGCCGCCGGCGCCACCAGGGUGGCCCGUGAUCGGACACCUACACCUCCUGUCCGACAUGCCCCACCAAGCUCUGGCCGAGCUGGCGAUGACCAUGAGAGCGCCGAUGCUCCGUCUGCAGCUGGGAACCGUCCGGGCCGUGGUGAUCUCCGACCCGGACCUGGCGCGCGCGGCGCUCACGACCAACGACGCCGCGCUGGCGUCGCGGCCGCACCUUCUCGGCGGGCAGUUCCUGGCGUUCGGCUGCUCCGACGUGACCUUCGGGAAGGCGGGGCCGUACCACCGCAUGACGCGGCGCCUGGUCGUGUCGGAGCUGCUCUCGGCGCGCCGCGUCGCGGCGUACCAGAGGAUCCGGUUGAACGAGGUCCGCCGGCUCCUCGGGCACCUCGCCAGGAACGCCGCCGCCUCGUCAUCCCCGGCGGCGGCGGCGCCCGUCGACCUCAGCGAGUGCUUCGUCAACCUGGCCAACGACGUGCUCUUCCGCGUCGCGUUCGGCCGCGGGUUCCCGCACGCAAAGGCGGCCAAGCUCGGGGCGGUGUUCGCCGAGGCGAACGAGCUCUUUGCCGGGUUCACUGUUGGCGACUUCUUCCCGGAGCUCGAGCCCGUCCUCAGCACCGUGACAGGCCUCCGCCGCCGGCUCAAGAGCUGCCUCGCCGACCUCUGCGAGUUCUGUGACGACAUUAUUGACGAGCUCAUCAGUGGCAAGCGUGAACGCAUCUCUGGCGACACUAGCGAGGACUUCCUUGAUGCCCUGCUCCGUCUCCAGAAGUCGCCGGGCAUCGAGGUUCCGCUCACCGACGACAACAUUAAGGCGCUUGUCCUGGACGUGUUCGUAGCCGGCGCCGACACAUCGUUAGCAGCGCUGGAGUGGGUGAUGACUGAGCUGGUCAGGCACCCAGGCAUCCUCAACAAGGCGCAAGAGGAGGUCCGGCGCGUCGUCGGCACCGGCAGGGGCUGCGUGGAGGAGUCGGACCUCCGCGACCUCCACUACCUGCGCGCCAUCAUCAAGGAGACCUUCCGGCUACAUCCGGUCAUCCCGUUGCUGGUUCCACGGGAAUCCGUGGCUCCCUGCACUCUCGGCGGCUACGACAUCCCGGCCAAGACACGCGUGUUCAUCAACACCUACGCCAUGGGACGGGACCCUGGCAUCUGGAACAAGCCGCUGGAGUUUUGGCCAGAGCGGUUUGAGUACGAUGCCAGAGAGAUAGCAGAUCUCAUCAUAGACCCAGCCUUCAAGGUGCUGCCCUUCGGUGGUGGCCGGAGGGGAUGCCCCGGGUACGUGUUCGCGCUGGCUACUUUGCAGUUGUCGCUGGCUAGCCUCUUGUACCACUUCGACUGGGCGUUGCCGUCCGGCAUGCGCGCCGAGGACGUCAACCUGGACGAGAUUUUCGGUCUCUCCACCAGGAAGAAGGAACCACUGUACGUGGUCGUUAGGAAAAGCAAGGAGUACGAGUUCAAGGGGGAAGAGAAUUAUGGGGUCUAG